AUGUGUGUUUUCCGCCGUCGUUUCCUGAUCGGCCGCCAUUGCACGGUCACCGUGUCCUACCCCCAGCCCCCCCUUUCGGGAGGGCAAGAGGACGACUCCCCGCAAACCUCUGGUUCUCUCGGCACUUUGACCCACGAACUCGAGGUGACCGUGAAGUACGUCCGGCGGGAGAUUCGUGACCUGACGGACCGGGACCGGGAGACGUUCUUCAACGCGGUGUCGGUGCUGCAGCGCGUGCCCAGCGCCGUCGGGCGCGAGAUCUACGGCGAUAAGUACUACAGCAAGGGUUACUUCAACCGGCUUCAUAUUUUCUACGGCGGGCAUAGGGACUGCGACCACUAG